UUCCGAGGCCCGCGCGCGGAUCUCUCGGCUCGGCGCGGGCCCCCCCUCCCUGGCGCGCGCGGCGCCACGCGCGCGGGGCCCGGCGCCCCGACCCAAGAAGUCCCCCUUGGGCCUCCGAGAGAUCACCUCGGAUGCCUUCGCAACGCGAGACUACAAGGUCCUACUUCUCCGUCCUCGCCAGGCGCGGCGCGCGCCGCCGGAGACGCCAGGGGGCCGCCGGGAGUCGACGAGCCCCGGCCCCCAGGGGCUUACGCUCCAGCGACGGCGGCGAGGGGGGGAGAGGCGCGCAGCCGUGGAGCAGGCGGGUGUCCUGAGCGGGGCGAAGGGGGACGGGCCCCUCAAGAUUUUCAGCCAGUUCCUGGCCUCCGUCGGGUGUUCGUGCACGGGAAAGCCGUAACUAGCCAUGGGGCGAAGGAGCGUGCGCCCGUCGCGCACCCGUCCGGCCCGCGGUGGCAGCUCAGGGGCCAUGGCAAGCCGCAUGCCUGCCAUCCUCGAUCCCC